CCUCUUCCUCUCUUCUUCCUCCUCCUCUUCUCUUCUCCCCCUUCAUUCUCGUCACAUGUACAAUAGUCCGUCCUUUGCCUUCUGAUCUUUCUCCUUCUCCUUCUCCUUCUCCUUCUUGUUCUGCUCCAUUUAGCUUGCAUUCUUUAAUUGAUUGCGCUGAGUCCGGGUUGUUCUCCUCACACCCGCUCUCACUCUCUCUUGCUUUGUUGGCUCUCGAAAGAGAGCUACUUCUGAUCUACCUCGGAGCUUGAAUUUUCUUUGGAGGUCGCCCUCAUUGAUUGGCGAGCGACAGAAAUGUCCACCCCCAACGAUCUUCAGGCCCUCUUGGCCAGCAUCAGGCCCCGCCCCUCGCCCUCGGGCACCCCUGCUCAUGAUGCUCCCAUGCCGCCGUAUCCCAUGCAGUAUCAGCAGGGUUACCGCUCGCAGCAUCCGCAGCAGCACCAGCCGCAGUACGAUGGCCAGGGCUACCCUCACCCGCAGCUGCAGCAACAGCAGCAGCUCCAGCAGCAGCAGCAGCUCCAUGGUUACCGUCACCCGUCGGUUUCGUCCAAUAUUCACAGUCCAUCUCCUUCCGUGAAUACUCCUCCACACCACGGCUCGGAUAUCCUUAGUCCUAAUGUUCCGACUCCCCGUGGCGAUAUGUAUUUUCAUCAACCCCCGCCGCCUCAGCAGCAGCACCAGCAACAUUACCAAUCCUUGCCUCAUAACCCCGACCGUGCGGUGAAUCUGCUGAACUUGCUCAAGUUCAACCAGCCUACCACUCCUUCCGCCCCCCAGCAACAGCAGGCUCCGGUUCCUGGCGCUGAACAGUCCACUUACCUACAGCCUCGUGCUGCUGGCCUGGAGGAGCAGUCGAAGGCCCACGCGAGAAAUAUUUCCGCCUCUGAUUUGGUUGCGUCGCUCUUUGGUGGCCAGGGACAAGGUGCUGCGGCCGCUCCGGCUAGGCCUUCGGGGUCCAUCUCCGGUCCAGCUGGGGCUGGCACGGGCGAGAGCUCUGCGUCUGCCGGUCCGACCGCUGAGAACACGCAGGAGAUGUUGCUGCGUCUUCUGAACCGCCCCAAGUCUAGCCAGGACGUUUCCGACGGGCCUGUCAAGGCCGUUUCUCAGUCUCCCUCGAUCGUUGCGUCCCAAACGUCUCCUGUUCCUGAAGCGGAGCUGAGGAACAUCCUCAAGUCUCCCACUGAAGAACUGGAGGAGCCCUUGGUGUCCCCGGACGAGGCUGGACCUUCCACGCUUGACAAACCUGCUGCGGGCAAGGAUUCGAUGUUCACCUAUGUCAACCCGUUUGAGCAGCUGGCUGCCGCAUCUCCUCGCAAGGUCACUCCGCAAGCCAAGCCUCGGAGCGAGAGUCCAGCCAUUGAGAUCAUGAAAAGCAAGAAGAUCACCAUCGCCACUAAGGUUGAACCUUCUUCAGCUUCAGAGGCUGUUGAGACCCCACAGACCGAAGGCCCCAAAUCGCCUAUUUUGGAUGAAGAGCAGAGAGAAGCCGUCAACUCUGUUGUUGAGCGUCUUGUCGAUGAGAUCGGUCGUGAGAUUGACAACGCCGCUAACAAAUCAACUGAGGAGAAAGUCACCCAGCUCGCUGCUGCCCAGGAUGACAGCACUCAGGCUGUGUUGUCUUCCAUCGCCAGUCACCUCCAGGAGACGGCUGCCGAAGCAAAGCUUGAGGGCAGCGUAGAUCGGAAUUCGAUUGAGGGCACCGCCACUCCCGCUGCUGUGAAGGAGACUUCCAAUAAUAGCAGCGGUGAUGCACUGGCGGACAGCUGGGAGAGUGCUGAAGAUAGUGCUGAAAAGGAAGAAGAACGCAUUGUUUCUGUGCACAACUUCCCCCUCAAGCCGUUCAUCUCUAUUAUCGUCAAAGCUCAUUCAGGGAAGCUUGCAACCCUCCGCGAUGACGGUAUCAUGGAUAUUGCUCGGCUUAAGAAGGAUUUUGAUCAGCUGGAUCGCUCCUUGACCUCCGCAACUUCGGACUACAUUGUGUAUGCGCUGGCGAAGAACGGCGGUAUGCGUAUUAUCCGUCAGGAUGAUGGAAGUGACAAGCAAAUUUUCCGUUCUACCCGCGACCGCGUCUUUAAUGUUGCAGUAUGCACGUCGCAGACUGCUACUGGUCGUACCACUGAGGAGCAGGCCAUUCUGGGAAUUGGCGUCAGUGGAACCGUGUACUGGGCGUUGAUUUCUCGCGCAGACAAGGACCUUUUCGAGCUCGACGCCCUUGAGAGCGAGAGCCUCAUCUUCCCCCCUUUCCCGGCUUCGGACGAGAACACUUCGGGUGGCCAGCUGAAAACGCGGGCCAAACGGAGCUCUCGCCAUCCUGGGUUCUUCGCUAUCGGCCGUGGCAAGAAUAUUUACGUGGUCUCCCCUCAGGCUGCUAUGAAUUCUAGCUACGGUGUGUCUGGACCUCAGCGCGUCGUUAACACGGAGAAGUUCUUCAAAGAACGUGCUCUGAAGAUCUCGACCGGCAAGGCUGGCAAGGAUUUCAUGUUCAGCGAUGAUGACACAGUCAUUGCCUCCCUUGACAAGACGGGUCGCCUCCGUUUCUGGGACAUCCGCGAGGUGGCUAACAACCCAGGGUUCUUUGGCUCCGGACCCAAUCCGGCUGAGGUUCGGGUGCCCUUGAAUACGUUCGUCACGGGCUCUCCCGCAGAAAAGUCGUGGCCAACUUCCGUCCUCUUCAUCGACAAGCUGCGUCCUUAUGUUAAGUCGAUGGCGCUUCGUUAUGUUCUGGUGGGCUUGAAGCAAAACCACACCCUGCAGCUCUGGGAUAUUGGGCUGGGUAAGGCUGUGCAGGAGCUCAAGUUCCCUCACGAGAACGAAUCGGACGCCAUUUGCAGUGUCGCCUACCAUCCCGCAUCUGGCAUCAUUGUUGUUGGUCACCCAACUCGCAACUCCAUUUACUUUGUUCACCUCUCUGCGCCUCGUUACAACCUGCAGGCGAUGUCGCAGGCUUCCUUCAUCAAGCGCUCCGGAGAGAAGGACAGCAGCCUUCCCAAGCCUGAGUCUACCGCUUGCAUGAGUGGGAUCCGCGAAAUCUCCUUUGCCUCCAAGGGCCAGCUGCGAAGCUUGGAUCUCCUCCCUAUCACCAAAUCGGCUGGAGAUGAGAGUGGUUUGUUUGAGCUGUACGUCAUGCACUCGCGUGGAGUCACAUGCUUGAACAUAAAGAAGGAAGAUUUGGGAUGGACCACCGACAACAAGAUUGUCCGUCCUGUCAAUGCUUUGGAGGAAGGGUUCAUCGAUAUCGCUGAGCUGCAGACCUUCCCCACGUACGUGGCAGACGAGCCAUCGGUCAAUGGUGAUGCGGCUCCAACUCCCACCAAGCUGGCGGCUAAGGAGAUCAUCAAGAAGAUGCCUGAGCUCAACACCGAAGCUGCUGCUGGAGCUGGUCCCAGCACCUCUCGCGUGCAGUCACCAACCAAGGCACCUGCCAAGAAAAAGGAUGAGCCAUUUGACACUAUGUCUACCAUCAAUGGUGUCGACAAGGCUGAGAAGAAGAAAAAGAAGAAGAGUGCUGUCACAGGCAUGAGUGAGCCGACCGCAAAGGGCAAGGAGCCCGUGCUCUCAAAUGACGGCCCGUCUAGUGAAGUUCCUGCUCCCACGCAAGGUGUCGCGGACAAUGAGCCAGCCGUUGAAGAAGCCCCUGUCAACUCAAGCGCUCCUCAGGCAGUGCCUCUUGCUUCUCCUGUGGCUUCCGGCGCUGGUUCCGGCGACUCGGCUGCUAUUCUAAACAAACAUCUAGAGGUGCUGCAGAACGGCGUAUCCUCGGAGUUCACAAAAAGCCUUGGUCGCGAAUUGGAGGGACUUUACACCCGCUUCGACGAGGAGCGCCGCAACUGGGAUGCGGCAUCGGCAGCCAAACAGGAUCAGGUCUUGCGUCUUGUUUCAAGUACUCUUUCAGAUAACGUUGAGAAGAACCUUGCACGCAUUGUCUCUACCAGCAUCAAGUCAGAGGUUGUGCCUGCUCUGACUGAUCUUACUGCCACAGUCGUUGGUAAGCAGCUCAACGGUGUUUUGUCGCAGCAGCUGGGAUCUGUAGUCCCUCGUGAGGUGCGCCAAGCUCUCCCAGAGGCGGUUACUCGUGCCAUGCAGCAGCCCGAUUUGAUGGAAGUUCUGUCGGAGGCGGUGGGCCAGAAGCUCGCUUCCCGUGUGGAAAGCGAGAUUUCGAAGGCCAUGCAGAACACAAUCACCCCAGCCAUUGAGAACGUUGCCAUGCAGACUGCGGACAAGGUUGUUGGCAGUAUGGAGAAGCAGAUGCAGGCCCAGUUGAAGCAAUUCGAAGCCCAACGCCAGGGCGAUGCUGCCAAGAUCGAGCAGCUCACUUCGCUUGUUCGCGGACUGUCUGACACGGUAGCCACGCUUGCUGCGGCACAGACCGGCUUGCAGAAUGAGGUUGCCAAGCUUACCCAUGCCUUGGCCACCAAGGAGAAUGUGGUUGAGCGGCAGCAACAGCAGCAACAGCAGCAACAGCGGCCGCCCGCUUCCGCUCGUAGCGCCUCUGUUGACACAAGAACUCCCGAGCAGAUUGAGCUGCAGGAGAUUGCGCAAUUGAUGAGCCAAGGUCACUUCGAGGAGGGAUCAGUCAAGUGGCUGCAAUCAACUCAGCAAGCGGACCUGUUUGACAACCUUUUUGUUCGCAUGAACCCGUCUUACCUGACUAGUCUGUCACCCAUCGUGGCCCUGUCUGUGGGUGUUGCUGUGACUUCCUCGUUGCAGACCAACCCUAUGGAGCGCUUGACUUGGCUGGAGGUAGUUUUGCAAACGGUGAACCCAAUGGACCCUGACAUCCGUGAAGUCGCUCCUAAGAUCAUGGACAUCCUCAUCCAACGAUUGGAAGCACUCUACAUGUCGGUGGCGGAGACCUCGCCGCACGAUCCCAUCAUCCGAAAGAUCGCACCACUGUCGCGCCGCGCCAGGCUUCUGCGGGGUUAAAGCUUCUCUCAUGAAAAGUUGAUCGACCAAGUUUACUGGUUCUAAUGAAUAAUGCAAUCCUUAUGGGGAUAUUGACUUAAAAGAAAAUGGGGGAUUCUAAUGGAUUGUAUCACAACAUGAUUGCUUUUACGGGAUGACUACUUUAUUUGGUUUAGCAAUGAAAAUGCAUGAGCAAUGAUGAGGAUGGUAGUUUCAUUACUUGGUAUCUAGUUCGAUCCGCCUAGUGGGACGAAUGACGAGGCAUCACAGCUACGAAUGAAUAUGCUC